CUGGUAUAGACUGCAGGAGUUUGGAUGAAUGUGUUCGUGUGUGUGUGUGUUUUGGUCAGUAUUUCUGAAACAUAGAGAACUGACUCUUCCCUCUCUGGGAGCCUCCCCCCAUGUCCCUCCCUGCCUCUCUCUCUCUGUCUCUUGAAAAAGUUUUGGAAAUGCUGGGAGCAGCACAAUGACGCUCUUUAUACUGACUUCAGUUCUUCUCAGUCAAAGUCUAAUAGCAGGUUUUUCCUAUUGUCUUAAUGUCACAGUCUACCCCCACCCAUGGUUGCAGCACGCAACUGGGGAAAACACAUCUAUGUGGUGUUCUGUGACCCAAAGAAAGAGACAGGACAGCCUGCUAACUGUGCGCUGGGUGUUUUCUUCAGAGUCUGGACCUGAACAAAUCAUUGGAAGAAUUACAAAAUUUGGCACAGCACAUAUGUCAGGGAAUUGGAGCCAUAGGGGUGAUUUAAGCAGCAAUGGCGCUGGCUAUCAUCUAAUGUUAAGAGAGCUACGUUUGUCUGACCAGGGUCAAUAUACAUGUCGUGUUCAGGAAGUUGCUCGGCAUCGAAAUCGCUGGACAGCCGUGUCUAAUGGCACUGCAGGAACACAGUUGCGUGUCACAUCACUUUCUGUUUCUGAAGAAAAUAAUCUAUUUUCAUGGAAUCUAUUCCAAGACCUUUAUCUAUAUGCUGUGCUGCUCUGCUGUUUGGGCAUCCUGAGCCUUCUGACCUUCUUUCUCAUUCUUCUGUGCCAGACCAUCUUCCACAAGAGGCGCACCAAAGUGCGUUGGAAAUAUCAGCAUGAAAGAUGCAGUGACGGAAGUCCCAGUGUCACUGAUCUGCUCUCUCCUCCACCAUCCCAAAGGAAAAAGAAGAAGAAAAAUCAGGAAGUUGAUACUCCACCUGCUAUCCCUGUGAAAGGUCCCUCGGUGAGGUUGACCAAGAACACUGAGAAACCUCUUUUACUGCCCCGCUUAGUGGAAGAAGGUUUAGCAUAUGCAGAGCUGGAACUAAUGAAGUCCCCUCCACCAGUGAAGGAACCUACCACCAACACAGUCUAUGCCCAGAUUCUGUUUGAAGAGAGUACCCUGCAGCAGCACAUCCACUCAGAAAAGAAAAGUGCCUCUACAGGGAAGCCAAUGCAAAGACUUUAGCCCAGGGACACCCACCAAAUUCCAGUCAUCCCUCAAAGGAGCUACAUUAAAAAUGUAUAUUCAUUUUAAACCUUAAACUACUGGAUGAAACACUGCAGUGGCAUAACUAUAGACCUAGCAGACACUGCGGGGGCCUGACCAUGGGCAAAUGCCAGAGGGUCUCCUCUAAGAUGCCAUAGAAAGUGACUAAUAAGUGGGUUUGUGGAGGCAGUCUGGAAAUCUGUGUACUAGGAAUGCCAGGGCCUAUUUUGAAUCUCAGUCCAGUCCUGACCACGGGGUCUGAUGGACAUAAAUCACCCUUCCACAGCAUUUUCAGGGAGGAAGGGAAGUGGGUGUGGAUGCAGGGUUGCUUUCUGUACGAGCUGGGACCCUCCGAACAAUUUUUUGCAAGGGGGCCCACAGCUUCUAGUUAUGCCACUGAAACACUGGGGCCUUUUUUUGCUUAUUUUCCCUGCUUAAUACCAACUGGGGUUAUAAAGUAGUAUUUUCUUGUACAUACAGUACCUAGAAUAUUAAAGCCUUAAUUGUCUCCCAGAUCAAGAAAUGUAACACUUCAACUUGACAGUUAUCUCUGUGGAAGACAAUAUAGCAUAUGUUUUUUGCAAUCGCAAACCAUUUAUUAAGUUAUCAUAAUAAAAGCUCUGAUAUAUCUAGCAGUUGGAUAGAGAAAACAUUCUAGCUUAUGUACCAUAAUAAAAAAAAGGAUAAUUAACA